AUGGACAUGUUCGCAGAAACCUGCUCCGAGGUGCUCGCCAAUAAGGACCUUGUGACCGAUGGAGAUAUUGUACAGACCUCUGGCCAUACAUCUUUGAACUCUGUCACUGAGAUCCGCCCCGAUGGUGCUGGAUGGCAAGUCCUUGCCCCGUCAGCGGCAGAAGAAGACCCAGAGGUCAAGCUCAGCCUGGCGUCAGAUGUUACUGUCCACUCGCUCAAAGUCACUGGCAACGUUGACAACGUCCGCAUUGAAAUUACACCAAGGGAUAGUAGUCAGCUUCCGGAGAUCAUGGACAGUGUUUCAGCCAACAGCAUUGCGUUCACAGACCCUGUGGAAGCCUCCGAUGUGACAGUCACCUUGUUGAACCCAAGAUCAGAUGUUCCGGAAGGGGAACAACAACAACAGCAACAGCAAAAACCUGACAUCUACAAUGUCAGGAUGGAAAUAAAUGGCUGUUACGAACAAGCGACCACACCAGCUCCAUUGGCAGAAUCAACUACACCUCUCCCACCAUCAGAGACUACAGAGGCACCAACUGUAACCACAACUCUUCCACCAACAGAGACCACAAAAACACCAUCUGUACCCCCAACUCUUCCACCAUCAGAGACUACAGAGGCACCAUCUGUACCCACAACUCUUCCAACAUCAGAGACCACAAAGACACCAUCUGUACCCACAACUCUUCCACCAACAGGGACUCCAGCAGUGCCAUAUGUACCCAGAACUCUUCCACCAGUAGAGACUACAAAGGCACCAUCUGUACCCACAACUCUUCCACCAACAGAGACUACAGAGGCACCAUCUGUACCCACAACUCUUCCUCCAACAGAGAAUACAAAGACACCAUCUGUACCCACAACUCUUCCACCAACAGAGACUACAGCAGCACCAACUCACAGUUAUAGUUGCAAGACAACUCCUGAAGAACAAACGACCCUGGGCAGGACUCCUAGUUUGAGUUCCACAACUGUUGGCGUGACAACCGUGUCUGGACCCUUGACCGAGACUGUUACCACUGUCCAGUAUUCCUCUCCUACAGAGCCUGGUGUCACCUACACACCUGAACUGAGAAAUGUCACUGCAGUUAUCACUACAGCAUCUGUGCAAGAAUCAACUGCGGCCACGACAACAUCAGGUGUGUCUACAACUCCAGAAAGCCAGGAUGUCACCCAAGAAGAGGACUCGUGCUUCAAGAGGACCAUGAACCUGACAAUGGAGGUUGAAGGGUGCGUAUCUGAUGGUCCUGUUGAGCUAGCUUUCUGUGCAGGAUCAUGUGCCUCCAACACCACUGCAUCUUUCACCUACCCCUUCUUCGAAACCAACUGUCACUGCUGCAAACCAACCAAAGUGUCCUGGAGGACCGUUCAGCUUACCUGUGCCAAUAACGAAGUCCGCCAACACACCUACGUCAAGAUCCAUUCUUGCGGUUGCCAUGGUUGUGAGUAUGACGCAUACGCCGCCAGCGGAAUCACCCAGGUGAUGACGUCAAACGUGGCCAUCUAG